AGGCGCGGGGAGGGGCUGGGGGAGGAGAGAAAGCGGCGAGUAAGAUGGAAGAUGAGGAGGUCGCUGAGAGCUGGGAGGAGGCGGCAGACAGCGGGGAAAUAGACAGACGGUUGGAAAAAAAACUGAAGAUCACACAAAAAGAGAGGAAAUCCAAAUCUCCUCCCAAAGUGCCCAUUGUGAUUCAAGACGAUAGCCUUCCCACCGGGCCCCCUCCACAGAUCCGCAUCCUCAAGAGGCCCACCAGCAACGGUGUGGUCAGCAGCCCCAACUCCACCAGCAGGCCAGCCCUUCCAGUCAAGUCCCUAGCACAGCGGGAGGCUGAGUACGCCGAGGCCCGAAAGCGGAUCCUGGGCAGUGCCAGUCCUGAGGAGGAGCAAGAGAAACCUAUCCUUGACAGGCCAACCAGGAUCUCCCAACCAGAAGACAGCAGGCAGCCCAAUAAUGUGAUCAGACAGCCUUUGGGUCCUGAUGGGUCACAAGGCUUCAAACAGCGCAGAUAAAUGCAGGCAAGAAAGGAUGCCACCGCUGCCGCUGUCACCACCUCCUGGGCAUCAGCCACGGGUCGCACUGCUGUGGCAGACAGCCGGACUUGAGCAGAGGGAGCGACCUGACUUACUUGCACUGUGAUCCCCUUGCUCCGCCCACUGUGACCUUGAGCCCCAUGCACUGUGACCUUCCUUUCCCCCCUUCCCACUGUGAUGGCAUGUCCUGACAAGGGUUGUCCCAAGUCAAUGGAAAGGGAAAGGGUGGGGUUAGGGGAGGGUUGGGGGGACCCACCAAGGACUCAGAGUAGAGAGUCAGACAGUGCCACUUGGCCGCUUGGGGUAAAGCCGGUGCCAGCAAUAAGUUUAUCAUGCUCAUUAAUUUGGGAUUUCAAAACACAAAUGAGAACUUCACCUACCCGCCCCAAGUGCAUGUCUUCAUCACUUAAGAAGUGAGUUCCAUUUGAGAAUAUCCUUUUUUUCCCCCUUCUUCCUAUUUUUGUUUAUACAAAUAUCUGAUUUAAGAAAAAGUGCAUGGGAGGGGUUUUAGCAGUUUAAUUUUUUAAUUGAGAAAGGGUAGUUUGGUAGUAUACUUAAAAAUGUUUCUGGUUUGUUCACUAGAAACAUCAAUUGAUAGGAUUUUGGUGAGCUUAGCUUCUAUAUUCCUACUGCCGCCCAGAAAAGGGGCAGGGCUCUGCAGCCCCAGGACAGGUGAGCACCCCAUGCCUAUACCUCCCUCCCGCAGCUCAGCCCCAGGCCCCUUGCCCUGCCUGGAGUCAGGGCUAGCUCUUCAGGCUCAGAGAGCCCAGGGAGGGUGCCAACCCCACCUCUAGUAUUGUGGGAGAUAGGGAAAGUGACAGGCUUCCCCUUCCCGUACCCCUCAGGGUGGCUUCCUACCAGCCAGGCAAAAGAGCAGAGAGCAUCAGGGAGUGAGAUUGCACUCCUGGGCUUCAAAUAAGCAAGGGAUACAAGGCUUGGUCAGUAUUUGCUGUGAGCACAGGAAGACCAGGAGAGAGUCUGGCUCCUGGAUCUGAGCCUGCACCUGGUGCGGUCAGAGACUUUCCCACUCCAGCAAGGCUGGAACUUUCUCCUCUGAUGGCUGCAGCUCGGUGACUCUACCUGCUACAUUUCCGCUGUGAAAUCAGUACCUCAGGAGCAGAAUGAUGAGUUAAGUAGGAGAAGGGAAAGCUGUGCGUUGCAGAGAUGGAUGGCCGACCAGUUCCCCAGAGGCCAGAGCUGCCCUUUCCUCCUCAUUCCAGAGCAAGGGCCUGCUAUGAAGACGGUUUCU